AUGUCUGCCCCAAGUGAGGCCAGUACCAAUCCGGCCGAGAUCUUGAGCAGCUUUGCUACCCUGGCGCCCGACAAUCCCGCCGCGCACGGCGCUUUUGAGGCAGUGGUAACGUAUGUCGGCGGUGACCCCGAAUCCUACCACGGCGGCUUUAUCACACGUUCCGAAGACGACCCCGAGUCUCCCGGACAUUAUGUGUUCACCUUCGACCAACUCCCAGAGGUGACGCAGGGUUUCUGGCGGAUUGGCAAGGGGACGUCCAAGAUUGAUACUACGCGUGGGGUUGACAUCCUCUUGGCAAGACCUGGACACAACAGCGCUAGCCUGGUUGCAAAUGUGCAUGCCGUGAUCCUCCUCCAUCCUGAUUCCGGCGCUUUUAUCCUCCGGUCGACCAGCAAGCAUCCCAUAAGGUACCUAUCCGGUGACGGUGAUGACGACCUCAUCCUCCGCCACGGAGAACAGGCCGUCCUCCACAUGACUGCCAACCGCUUCCGCUUCGGCCCGCUGGAUUACCUCUUCACCUUCCGGGUCGAGGACGAGACCCGCUUCACAAUCGCGAGGGACGCUUUUAUCCAGUCGGUCACACAGCCCGCGAGUAGCGACCCGCCCCAUCCUCAACUGGAUAGGUUGCCGAGGCAGGUCCACCACCGGAUACGAGACGUCAUCAUCCACAAGACCAUGGGUCACGGCGCGUUCGGCAUGGUCAAGUCCGGGAUCCACGCCCGGACCGGCCAACCGCUUGCAAUCAAGCUCCUGCAGUGGAAGUCGGGGGCAAAGGGGCAGAUUGACCGGGAGCUGGAGAUUGCCAAACUAUUCCGAGAUGUUGAAUACCCCGGUAUCAUCCCGAUUCUAGACGCGUGGUGCGAGCACGGCUGCUCUCCUCCCUGCCGGCGGUACCGGAGCGAGGAGAUCUUCAUGUCCAUGCCGCUCGCCCGCCACGACUUCGCCCACGCGGACUGGUCCGGUCUCAACGCCGACGUCCGCCUCGCCCUAUUCCGCGACACGCUGCGCGGCGUCGAGAGCCUGCAUUCUAGGGGUGUCAUGCACCGCGACAUCUCCCCCGGGAACCUGCUCAUCUUGUCGCUGGAUCCGCCGAUGGCAUGUCUUUGCGAUUUUGGUAAAGCAACGACCGACCCAACAAGUACAGAAACAGGCAUCGGCCCCGAGCACACCGUCGCCCCAGAGGUAUGGACCUCGACCCCCGACCGCCCAUACACCAACGGGGUCGACAUCUGGAGUCUCGCCUACACCUGGCUGUGGACCAUCUCGCGCCUGCCGGACUGGAACAGGUCGCCGCAGUGCCGCAUGGAUGCCCGCCGGCACGGCAGACUCCUCGAUCUGCUCGGGCGAGAGACUAGCCGGGGCAAGAUAUCGCGGAGCUUGGCCGGAUUGCUCCGGCGGAUGCUGGCGUUUGAUCCGGACGAGAGGCCGACGGCGAGUGAGGCUCUUGCCGAGGAGGAUGUCUGGGCGGCUGUGGCGGCAUCGCAACGUGUGGUCGGUGCCGAGGGAAGUCCCGACCUGGGAUUGCGGAGUCCGUCUCCGGAACAGAGGGAGGCGGGGAAACGGAGGAGGUUCGUGUCGCCGGAGGGACAGUCCGAGGGCUGUGAUAAGGAUGCGGAAACGUCGUAUUACCGGGUUGUUGGGUCGCUGCGUGUUACUGACGGCGCCGGUGGAGAGAGCCCGGGAGGGGCGAGGUCUUCGGUGCCGGACACGCUGUAG